AUGCAAGCACAACAAGAAUGCAUCCACAUCCACAUCCACAUCCACAUCCACAUCCACAUCCACAUCCACAUCCACAUCCACAUCCACAUCCACAUCCACAUCCACAUCCACAUCUACAUCUACAUCUACAUCUACAUCUACAUCUACAUCUACAUCUACAUCUACAUCGGCUAUGAUUUUGGCGCAACUUCAGUUGGCGCCAUGCCUUACCACCACUAG